AUGGCUGCAGUUGGAACUCGAUUUUCAUAUUACAACGAUCCUUCCGCCGUUGGCAGCACAGCGUACGUCAAUGAAGCUGAAAUUCCACUGCACGUCAUGGAUCUCCUGAAUCUCUACAUGAAGGACAUUGAUCAUACGGUGGUCAUCACAGAACGGGACAUAUGCCAGUUCAUGAACGACGCUCUCCGUCGCUAUUAUACACAGGACGGGUGGAAUACGAGCUGCCAGAUUGACGAAAAGAUGGAUUACGAUGAUGAGAUGGAUCAAACGGUUGGACAUGGAGUUGUGGCGCCGCCUGGACAAGGAUCUCUGAACACUUCUGCGACAGCUUUUGGAUCAGCAUGUGCGAUGGUUGGUGGUGAUGAGUGUGAUGACAAGGAAGCCCUGCAUCGGUCCUUGAGGGCAAACCAAACUGGGCAAACAACAUUGGCGGAUGUUCUCAAACAAGAAACUCUGACGGAGAAGAAUACUACAUAUGGCAUUCUGAAACAGCCCAAAGUGGAAUGUGAGGACAUUUCUGAGGAGUUUGGUGAAACGACGGGCCCUACUCUGACGGGUCGGGAUAUUAAGCCUGAAAACGAUAAAUUGUUCGUGAAGCGGGAUAUCGACGCUCCAGAAGCGAUGACUAUUGAUCUUGACAACGAACCAAGACAUCCGGGAUGUUCGGUGGAGUCUUCUUCCGUUCCUGCGCCGGAGCUCGACGCA